UUUUUAUUUUUGUAUUUGUUCGAGUUAUUAGCUGGCAGCCGGGCUAAAACGCCUUAAAAAAAGUUUUCGAGCGAGUUGAUCCUGGUACUUAUUUGAAGUCUGGCAUUUAUCCCACCAGUCCUUUUCUUUUCCUUUUUGCCAAACUGCUAAGUUACGGAAACAAAGAAAACAACACUGGUGGUCAAACAAAGACGAUCACAAAAACUUUACCGACACACACGCACACAACGGGCUUCUGCGCCUUCCAUCCAUUAAAUUCACUGACAAGGCAUUGCUCAGUCUGGGGCUGGAGUACAAAACAAACCCCAAGUGAAACCUCACGGUGUUAGGGACUCUGUGUGUUGUCUCUGGGCGUACGCUUUCCAAUUCAUUGCUCAGUCGCGGCCGAAAACACCUCAAAGCUGCUGUCAUGUCACGUCUUUUGAGUGCAUUGUCUCCACACGUCACCUAUGACUACCUAGUGAUUGGUGGCGGCUCAGGUGGGCUGGGUAGUGCCCGUCGGGCUGCUGAAUUUGGUGCGAAAGUGGCCAUCAUUGAGGAAGCUGCAUUGGGUGGUACUUGCGUCAAUGUUGGCUGUGUCCCAAAGAAGGUGAUGUACAAUGCUGCUGUCCAUGCUGAAUAUAUAAGAGAUCAUCAGGAUUAUGGUUUCUCAGUGGAGAAGAAGGAAUUUGAUUUCAAACACUUGAAGAAAUCCCGUGACGCCUACAUCAAGAGACUAAAUGGAAUUUAUGCUAAUAACCUAGAAAAAUCAAAAGUUGAGCGAAUUGUGGGCCAUGCCAAAUUCUUAUCUAAUCAAACGAUAGAUGUGAAUGGUGAGAAUUAUUCAGCAAAACACAUUCUGAUCGCAACUGGAGGGAAACCACUUAUACCAGACAUACCUGGUGCCCAGUAUGGUAUAAGCAGUGAUGGUUUUUUUGAAUUACCAGAUUUACCAAAAAAAUGUGUUGUUGUUGGUUCUGGUUACAUUGGUGUAGAACUUGCUGGAAUAUUCAAAUCUCUCGGUGCAGAUACCUCUCUGCUUAUUCGAUACGACAAGGUUCUACGCCAAUUUGAUGAAUCUAUUAGCUCAGCAGUUACAGAGAACCUGGAACAUUCUAAAAUCAACCUUCAGAGACACACACAAGUGCAAGAAGUGAAAAAGCAAAGUAACGGUCAGCUAACUGUGAACUCUAACCAAGGGACCAUUUCAGAUGUUGACUGUCUUUUGUGGGCCAUUGGCCGUGUCCCCAAUAUUUCAAACCUUGGACUUGAAAAUACUGCAGUGAAAUGUGAUACCAAAGGCCACAUUAUCGUCGAUGAGUACCAAAAUACCAGUGUCAGUCAUAUCUAUGCCUUAGGAGAUGUCUGUGGAAAAUUCCAGUUAACACCAGUGGCUAUAGCUGCUGGACGUCGAUUAGCUCACCGGCUUUUUAAUGAUGAAGCAGAAUCCAAGAUGGACUACACUGAUAUUCCAUCAGUUGUUUUCAGCCAUCCUCCAGUUGGAUCUGUUGGAUUGACACAAGCUGAGGCAGAGAAACUCCAUGGUAAAUCCAAAAUCAAGACCUACCAGACCAAUUUCACCCCAAUGUAUUAUGCUGUCACCACACACAAAGAGAAAUGUAUGAUGAAGUUGAUUUGUCUUUUACCUGAAGAGAAGGUGAUUGGUCUGCAUAUGGCUGGAAUGGCCUCGGAUGAGAUGCUGCAAGGAUUCGCUGUUGCUGUAAAGAUGGGUGCUACCAAGUCUCACUUUGACAACACCACUGCCAUACACCCCACAUCAUCUGAAGAAUUUGUCACUCUCAGAUGAAAACACAGCUUUACUCAGAUUGGUUCCACAUCAACCUGUUUGGUGUGGCCAUAAAUUGUAUUUUUACACACACAGAAGAAGACAGAAUAUAUAUAUAUAUUCUACUAUGUUACCCAUUUAGUUCAAGUUAAGGUAAAGGUGCUUGGUUAAAGUUUCUCAAAUUGCAGCAUUAAAUAAUUCGCUUUCUAGAUUCUCCCUGACUAAUCCAGACUGAUCUGGAGGUCAUAAGCUGAAAGCAUUAAGGGCCCCGCCAAAUACUAUUUAGAUCUAAUAUUGCUUCAGUUAAUUUACCAUAAAAAAUUCCAGUUAUGGUCAGUAACCUUAAUGUUACUAAGUGAAUGUCUAAGAAUUCUAAAAAGAUCUGUUUGUCCUUUUUCUUUUUUUUUUUUAUAAUUUAGCAGAUCUCUUUGGGUGUGUUGUUUUUAUUUGCUGUAUUCUCUUAAAAAUCUCAAAAGCUCAAACCAAAUAUAAUCCACAUUAAUCGUUAAUCUGAAAGGACCUGUAAAGAUUCUAGAUAUUGGGCUUUCUCUUCUGAAUACAUAUGCAGUUUUUUGGGGGUAACAGGUGGGGUGUUAUUGAGCAUCAAGCAGGUGCAACAUACCUUGCUGAUAGAAAAACUUGUGAAAUGGGUCUAACAAACGCCACCAUCUGAUUCUGAGAUCUCUACUUGAAGGUUUGGAAAUAUUUUCUUGUAGAAAGUUAUUUGGCAUUAUUGGAAUCUAGAAAAGCAAAUCAUGAAUCAAUAUGAUUUGAUUAUAAUGGUCAAAUCUUUCAUUGUUGAUUUUUCACAGUUACUCCAUUUUAGUAUAAAUGAAUUAUUUUUUUUAUCAGAAUUUAUUAUUAAAAAUUUUCAAAAUCUCUGUUAUCAAGCUGGAAAACAAGUGCACUUAUAAUUUUUAUAAUAAAAUUCUUUUCUAGAGAAA